AUGAAUUAUAUACUUGAGUCUCUGGAGAUGUUAAUGAUGUUGUUUAGAGUUUUAACUUCUAUUAUUAUUGCAAGUUUAAACUAUAUUGGUUUUAAAACCAAAUGAUAUAUCCUGUUAGAUUGUCUUCAGUUUAUACUUGGAUAAUCCAAUCCACAAUUAUUUUCUUUAUAAAUAGAUAAGAGUUGUUUGUCUGAUUAUUUAUUAGAAUGCAGUUUGAGAUUGUGUUAAAGGUAGUAAAUCCCUUUUGUUUUUCAUUUUUUUUUUCUUUUGUUUGAACAAAUGACAACUUGUCGUCAUGUUACGAUCCCAACAUCUCAUUUUUCUUUCUUCUUUAAUCUUCACUAUCUCUGUUGGAUAACAAGUAUUUAUUGGAUACAUAUCAAUAUAUAAAUUUAAAAAUAAUUUAUUCUUAAAAAUUAUUUCAUAAUUAAAUUAUAAUUUUUGGUACCGUAUUAACCUCUCAUAUUUCAAAAUUACUACUAAAAUUUUAAUUAAUGAAAUAUUGCAAAAAAAAAACACCACGGGUAAAAGUUAUUUGAAGACCUGAAAUAGAAUAAAAAGUUAAUAAAAGUAAUGCAUAAUAGAUAAAAUAGAAAAUGGUCAAAUUUAACAAUAAAGGGUAGUUUAAAAUUAAAAAAAAAUGAAAAUCAUAUAUCUAGACUUAAAAACAAAAUUAUACAUACAAUAAAAUAAAAUUUAUUUAAAAAUAUAUACAAAUUAAAGGAUCUUGUAUCUGUUUUUGACUAAUUUUUUUUUUUUUAUUAACCUCUUGUGAUAGCGUAGAUGAUUCAUUGCACACGUUUGGGAUCUUGAGUUACUGUAAAAUCAUGAAUUCAAGUUUGUUUUUAUGUAGUUGUUGAUAAUCUAUAUUUAUUUAAAGGGAUCAAAUUUUGAGAUUUGACUUAUAACUUACCUAUUUGUUUGCUUGACUCGAGGGCGUGGAGAGCCAUGGGUUUUAAGGAGAGUGAGACGAUUUCAAUAGAAAAUUAUGCGUUGAUCAAGGACUUUCGAGUUUUUCAUGCUAAAAAAAAUUAUCAUCUAAACCUGCUCAUUUAAAAAACUUUUUAAUCCAUAGGGGGGUGGGUUUGGCAUGAUACGGCGUUGGCGGGGGCGUCUGUUUAGGGUAUAGAAAUUUGAGGGGUCAUACUGCAAUUUCACUCCAAUUCAACUGUGUUUUAGAGUUUCAGAGUCAUUCAUGGCCAACGGUCAAAAUUUUCAAAAUCCCUCAUAAGAAGAAAGAUCCAGAUCCAUUCACAACACCGUUGCCGCCCUCUCUCUCUCUCUCUCUCACACACACACACACACACAUGUAGACUGUAGAGAGAGAGUAUCAGCCGCAUUCUUGCCGGAGAAAAAGCCGCUUUAGAGAAACCCUAAAAAGGGUUAACGAUGGGAUGCCUUUUCCGUUGUUUCCGAUCUUCCAAACAUAAAAAAUCUGGCGACCAAACAAAUGAAACAUGUGAAACUGUUCAACCCGUCGAGCCCAUAGAGAAAGGAUCGGAUAAUGCCAUCCAACUCGUCAAAGAUUCCAAAGAUGAGGGUGAAGAGCAAAUCAAUGGGAUUAGCAGCAAGAAAGUCGCAUUUGACUUGAAUGUCACAAGACAUGAAGAGCUUUCAACCCAAGAAGCCAAAAAUUUUCCAGUGGAAUGUGAGAAGGAAAAAGAGGAAGAAAAGAGAGGAGAAACAGAAAAUGAAGCUUGUACCCUAUCCAAAUCAGAUUCUACCGAUGAUGAAUCUGAAGAUAGAUAUAUUGAAUUAGUUGAAAAGGGUGAAAUUGAGAAGGAUCAGGCAGUGGUUGUGGAAGAGAAUUCCGAGUCAUUGUUCUCUUUAUCAAUAGAAUCCACAAAACAAGUCUCUUCAUAUGAAGCAGGCGAAAAGGAGGUGAACAGUCCUAUAGCAGCAGCCAUCCAUGGCUUGCCAGACGGGGAACUCGAGCCAAUUGGGUUGAAUCAGAGUGCGACAGACUCAGCUGAAAGCCUUGAUUCAUCCAAGUCAUUGUUUUCUUUAUCGGUAGGAUCCAAGCAACAAGUCUCUGCAUCUGGAGCAGGCGAAAAGGAGGUGAACGGUCCUAUAGCAGCAGCCAUCCAUGACUUGCCAGACCAGGAAAUCAAGCCAAUUGGGUUGAAUCAGGGUGCUACAGACUCAGCUAAAAGCCUUGAUUCAUCUGAGUCGUUGUUUUCCUUAUCCACAGGGUCCGGGCAACAGGCCUCGGCAUCUGAAGCAGGUGAAAAGGAGGUAACCAGUCCAAUGAAAAUCCAUGGCUGGACUAAUCAGAAAAUCAGGCCAAUUGGGUUGAAUCAGACUGAAGGAGAGAGGAGAAAGUAUGUAGGCUCUGUAUUAAACAUGGUUGAGAAUCUUACUCAAUGGAGAGCUGCCAAAGAGAGGAGGUCCACGCCAUUGAAGAAGGAUCAAGAGAAGGAGAAUAUCAGUACCGCGAAAGAAAUUAGCAUACCCUUUAGUGCAGAAGAGCCUAGUUUCAAGUCCCCAAUUCGCAGCUCUAGACAACGAUCCAGUUGUUCAAAGCGAGAAGGCAAUGAAAUCGCAGUUGAUACUAGCUUGUCAAGCUGGUUAGUGGAAUCUGAAACAACUCCUGCUUCUAGAAAUAGUCCCAACUCAGUUGGGAAUUCACCAGUGGGGGGAAAUGCAUUCAGAAGCUAUGAAGAUAGACCAAUUCUAGGAGCAUUAACCAUUGAGGAGUUGAAACAGUUAUCUGCUUCUUCGUCUCCAAAGCGAUCACCUGGCCACAGCCCCGAUGAGAUGGCCAUCAUUGGUACAGUUGGGAGUUACUGGAGUCUUACAGCCCAGGCUCUGGACUCAUACUCACCUUCAUCUUGUAAAGGAAAGCCCUGCACUAUAAAGAAGAACAGGGAGUUGUGCAGGAUCGGAGAAUGAAGUGGAAUUCCACACCAUUUGAGUUAAGGUUGGAGAGAACUUCGGACCCAGGUAUUUCUCAAGUUUAAGCAGGCACGGCAGCAUGCACGUCAACUUCUGGGAAGAGUUUAGAUUUUGCCUUGCUAAGCUGUCUAAAUGCGUUGUCAAUAAGGUGGUUUUCACUUACCAGUUUGGUGCAAAUCGUAGAGAGAUGUUAGAAACAAAGAGUGAUACUAUGAUUCUUCCUAUUGAUUCGUAUUACCUGCUUUCUUUAGGUCUAUUGAUUCAAUUGAAUUUGGUGUUCGUUAGAUUCUACUGAUACUUGGUAUGUU